AUGAUGUUGCUCGAUAAGCACACAAAAGCAAUCCUUCAUUUUGAUAUCGAGGCAAACGAAGACUACAGCUGCCACGACCUUGUAACAAAGGUUCGACCGGAGUUGUACGCCGACGUUGUCCAAGGUGUUCGAAACCGAUUCCAUUAUCUCAAGAGAUUGAAGAAGAACGAACCGCUGAAUUAUCUCGACGUUUACUCAGAGGCCAAGAAACUCCACAGAGCGAUUCCUCAAGACUUCUGGGACAAGCUAGCAGAAAAGAAGAAAGAGCUUGAAGCAAAGAAGGCAGAAGACGACGCGUACAGCCCAUCCAAGUUGGACGAACUCUUCAGCAAGAAUUCGAACACAGACCUCGAAGAGCAAGAAGACGAGUCGACACCCAAACCUACUGUCGUUGACGAAGAAGUGCCUCCUACAGUAGAAAGCACUCCUCCAACCACGACGAUACGAAGAAGCAGACGACUUACAAAAAACGCAGCACCAACGCCGACACCAACGAAGCCACCGUUGCCGGCAUCUGCACCCAAAUCGAAGGACGUGUUCUCCCCCAUUUUGUCUACUCCCAUUAAAAAAACAAAGAAAGAAACCAUGGCUGCCGGUCCGAAUGGUACCCCUGUGAAGAAAGGCAGUGCAAAGAAAGCACCUGCUCCUGUGAAUAAGCAGAUCUUCGACUCUGUGGAAGAGGCGGAAGAAAUGGUUGAUCAUCUUGUGCAGAUUGAUUUUGACUACCCUGAGUCGAUGGGACAUCACCUUCAUUCUCUUCGCAUCCCCGACUCCCUCCUUACUAAAACAUCUCUUGGCACCUACGUGUCCGAUGAAGCCAAGAUCUUGCUUGAAGACCUCAUCGAUCUGACUGAUUACGAGAACUACCAAGGACUCCUUGUCUUGAACGGAAAAGGAUUCUUGGUCACCUUGCCAGCCGUCUCCAAGUUUCUGAUGAACCAGUACCAUGACCUCUUGGAACUGGAGAAAGUCAAGUGCGAGAAGACCAAGCAGCAGUUUGAAUUCUGGAUUAGUGCAGUUGUCAAAGACAAGUCACGUUGGAACCAGACUAUCCUUUGCCUGUUCCCCGAAGGUGUCACUUGCACCACAGACUUUGUCUCGCCUGAGCCACAGGCGCCUACGAGCGACCAGCCUGUCAAGUUGAUGCUCCGCGAACUUGGGCUUCGUACCGAGACGAAACAGGGAGGUACCGUCCCUCAAAUCUUCUAUCCUGGGUACUUCAAGCUUCGCAUCAUCAACGACAGGCCCAAGAUGGCGAGCGUGGUUGACGAGCCAGUUCAGACACUCUCAUCUGCGUUUGAAGGCAUGUGCAAGAUCCGUGCAGGAGGCAACGUUGCAGCCGAUCUACCGGAACCAAUGGAAACCACGAGUUCUGUUGCGGCUCCGAGUCCUCGCCCCGAUGUCCAAGCUAGUAGUGCAACGAUCGGAGCAGGUUCUCCCUUUGCAGGUGUCCGUGGGUUGCUCGAGGCCGUGCCAAAGAAACAAGCCGAUACCCCAGUUCCGUUCUUAGGUGCAAGUUUGUUUGGGAUUGUGUCGCCACCAAAGCCUCCAUCAAAGGCAAAGUCGCACCCACAGGUGCCGAAAGGAAAACCGAAAGGAGCACCAAAAGGAGCACCAAAGUUGCCUACAAUGCCAGUGCCAAACGUUGACCUAAACGCUUGGCUUGAAUUCAAGCAGAAGCACCCCGAGAUGGCCAAUAGCAAGCCAUACACUGUCGGUGCUGCUCAGGCUGCUGCUGCUGGUGGUGGUGAAGGCGCCCAAUUCUAUGAUGCAAAAGAGACAGCAACUCCAAAGACGACGUAUCAGCCCCCCAUUCCCUCGUCCACCAAGAAACCAUUUCUUCACGUCAACACCGCCACGGAAGGCACUCCGUUUGUAUUCAAUACCAUGACAGCUCAACAAGAAAUAGAGUCUAAUCGAAAGGGAAACUUUAAGCCGACAGUCGACUCCAAGAACAGCAGCAAUGACAGGAUUGACAAUCGAAUGGCCAAGUCGUCUCUCAAGAGAGCUGCGACUUUGGCAAAGCGUCGCAAGCGGGCUGAGCUUGCUGCUCGAAUGGAGGAACAGAAGGCUCAAGACGAAGAGUUGCUUACGGCCACUGAUUCCAACGAUGGAACCAUUAAGAUGGUGAAUCGAGUCGAAGCAGAAAUGGCGAAAGAAUAUAAUGAAUCGGUCGACAUCCUUAAUGGUGGACAUCUCUACAACUGA